AUGUCCAAGGUUUAUUUCGAUAUUGAAGCUGAUGGCCAACCUCUAGGUAGAGUUGUCUUCCAAUUGUACGACGACGUCGUCCCAAAGACCGCUGCUAACUUCAGAGCUCUAUGUACUGGUGAGAAGGGUUUCGGCUACGCCGGCUCCCCAUUCCACAGAGUCAUCCCAGACUUCAUGUUGCAAGGUGGUGACUUCACUGCUGGUAACGGUACCGGUGGUAAGUCCAUCUACGGUGGUAAGUUCCCAGACGAGAACUUUGUCAAGAGACAUGAAAGACCUGGUCUAUUGUCCAUGGCCAACGCCGGUCCAAACACCAACGGCUCCCAAUUCUUCAUCACCACCGUGCCAUGCCCAUGGUUGGACGGCAAGCACGUAGUCUUCGGUGAAGUCUCCGAAGGUUACGACGUCGUCAAGAAGGUCGAGUCCAUGGGUUCUUCCUCCGGUGCCACCAGAGCCAGAAUCAUCGUCUCCAAGUCUGGUGAAUUGUAA